AUGCAGAGAAGAAUUGUCGAACAGAUUCUGCGGAGCACUUACCAGGAUAUAGACGCUCUGGAUGUUAUUAAUACGGACACCAUCAGGACUACCUUCGAUCGUGCCCAGACGCAGAGUACUCCGCCUAUCACUAGUUCUGUCACUCCACCUCCACAAGAGACUACUGUCAUGGUAGACCCCACCUUCGGGGAUGAAAUGCGAUCUUCGAACACCCCUGGGGAUCGGGACCCUUCUGGCCAGUUCUGGGACUUCCAAUUGCCCCUAAGUGUGCCCUACCCGGGUGCUGAAGUAUACAGGACCAACUCCCAUGUCAACGAACCAUUGAUCGGCGGCUUGGAACGCGGUUUGGCCGAACCGGUAGAUAUUCCUAGUUACCUGAACAAAGAGGAUGCGACCCAACAACCAGAAUCAGCAGGCACGGCGCAGCCAUCCAUGCCACGCCCUAGCGGUAAGGUCCAACAUGCGGAAUAUGUUGAGACCCCAGAUCGUCCCUUUCCCCCCAGUACCAUUGGCAGCCUCGGCAAGGAACGUCUUGCUCAACAGGGAGGUAGCUCGAGCCACGAUUCCGGAUAUGCAAGUCUACAACCUUCUGAAGCAGCGGCAAAGAUUCUCGACGAGACUGCUAGCGUCUAUUCCAUUGAUUCUACCCCCACCGAACGGCGAAGCAGAUAUGUAGCAACUUUCGCGAGUCGCUUAGCCGAAGACAUUCGACAAAUACCAUCGUUUUCUCAAAUAUCGGAGGAAUCUCUCAGACAUUUUCCAGAGUGGGUCAGAUCUUUUACCAUGAAGCUUCAUGGCGAAUCGUCUAGCAUGAUUGAGAAAGAGGCUUCGGUCUUCCUCCGGAAAUACAGAAGGGAUAUUAUACAAGAGCUCCGCUGCCUCCCGCUAGGCGAGCCCUCGGAGUGCGGUCUCGAUUACCAGGAGGAGGAGGAGAUGACUUAUAGAGCAGCCUUCCUUCCGAAAUCAGUACUUGAUAGCUGGCUGCGAAGCCUUCAGGCUGCAGAAGAUCCAGAGGCGGCGAGUAUUAUUGCCGAGGCUGAAGAGGACAUGCAGCUUCCGAAUCUCGCAGACUUGGUGGUCAGAGGACAAGUUGACUUCGCCGCUGAAAUCGGUGAGCAGUUGGGAUGGCUUGCAUCCUCCUUGCGCUCAUCUCCUGUUUCAAAUGGCCUGCUCGCCUGCUUUCCAGAAAUCUCGGACUUCCAGAUCCAUGACGAGAAUUACAGGCCUAACGGUACUGUACAUGCGUCUUGUCGAAUCGAUUGCCAGAUGGAUCUUGCUCAGGAGAUCUCUUCCUCUUCUCCGGGGUUCUGCUGGGCGAACUUGUUCAGGAACCCGCUCUUGGUGACAGGCUAUCCCAUUCGCAGUCGAUGUACCUCUGACACUGGGCUGGAGCUGUCACUUCGGGUAUUAGCGCAAUUAGUCGAUUCUCGUCAGCUGACGAGUAUUGGAGAGAGGAUAGUUCUUAAGGGGUUCAGCAGCCUCCUCGUCGUGACAGCCGUAGUAGCGGAUGCCGUUCUAUGGCACCUGGUCUUCAACUCAACGGGGGAAAGGAUCUCGUACUGCGACCCCAGACUCGAGUCGACCAACUACAAGAUAGCGGAAGAAUUCACACUACGACAUCUAGAGACCCAGCGCCAUGUUGUCGGUUGGUGUAGCCAUGUCAGAGAAUUAUCAGGCCGUCCUGAAGCAAACCUAGCCAUCCAUGUCUGCAAUCUGCAGCCGCCACCAAAAUACAUAGUUAUUGAACGAGCCUACCUUGAAGGGGGUGCUCAGGUAGUCGGCGGACUCACUGCUAGCAUAGGAAAGAGAGACAAGCCCGUCCACUUAUCACGAGGAUCGAGUUUCGUAGGAUCUUUGGAUUGGAUCACCGAUAAACCUAUUGUGUUAUACGAUGUGGACGACCGAAGAGCUUGGCUGGUCGACGGCGCCUCUGCUCUCUUGCACUUGGUGAGAGCGUCAAUCGAUCGGGACAGGGAACGGCCGGCAUAUCGUGCUAGCUGGAGGUUCAACGGAACACUGGAGGAGGGGCAAUCUCCGGCUGAGGUGCUCGGAAAUCCGAAGAACCUCAACCUCCCACUUUUCCUUGACCAGGAAAAACAAACUGACACGGGUAUCAUGAAAAUAUUUUAUCGAUUUCAAGACAGAGUGGAGGAGAUACUGCAUAGUCUGGAGGCAGUCAUCGACUAUCAAGUUCAGCUAGCAGCGAGGGAUGGAUACUGGAUCCAACAGUCAACGAAAGGAUUCAAGAAGAGUUUAGUCGGUUUCGAUUUCUGGGACCUUGCCAAGCCAUCGGGGUCCACGAUGCCGCGCAUUUGCUAUUUGGGGAAAAAGGGCUACGGCUGGGUCGACUACAUUCGUGCCAUUAAGGCAACUACCAUCUUCGGAAGCAAGUUUGGGGAACUAAUCCAGGCUGACAAUGCGGGCGUCCUCUGCCCCGACUGGAAGACGGUUCGCGUUGGUGAGGAUUAUUUGUGUACAUCCAUCGCGACUUUGAAGACCAUCCAGAAAUCAAAGAUGGGCGUCAAACUAGGUCCGGGCGAGAUCACAAGCGAGAUAAUUUGGUCGACACGGUACAACUUGUUUUCUCAAUGCAUUUGUCGGGAAACUCUGCACCCGAAUGGGAUUCCAUCUCAUCUUGACCCCGUCCAGAUACUCCUCCCUAAGGGAAAACUUACGCAGCUCGUUGUUCCCGACACUUGCGGAAAUGUUACGCUCCACGAGUUGGGAGAUGACGGAGCGGUAGUGUUCGGGCAUACCCCAUAUCACAAGGCCUUUCCUAGACUGGGAUCUGAAAAGUAUCGUGAGGAAACACGAGGCGAGGAUAGGAGCGCUUCUAGCGCCGGAUCAAGCAGAAGCGAGGCAUCGCCAGUUAGCAAUCCGAGCUCGCUCUCAUCUUUGAAGACGUCUCCGCCGGCCACUCAGGCCACGUUUAGCCCUGGCGUGAGUCUUGGUCUCACCAAUAUGCCAACUCCACUUCCGGCCAGGUAA